AAUCCAUGAAGUGCUACAUAAAUGUUUACCACAAUCAUUUGACAUGGAAACAGAAAAUGUAACGGGUCUAGAAGCACCUGUGGAAGGAGAAACAGUUGGCAUUUCAAGGCAAGGAUUUUUAUCUGACUGAAAAAGAAAAAAAAGUAAAUCAGUGAAGGUUUCCAAUAUCUACCUUUCAUAUGACAAAUACGUUGAACCUGCUUGUCGGAGCCUGUCGUUUGCAGCCUGCAAUGUCUCAGAGUCAAGUCCUUACCAUUAAAUGGGACUUCGUGGGCGCUUUUCCAAAGCAAGCUUAUAGCUAAACAUUUCUUAUAUAUAUGUGCAAAAGCAAUGGGCGCUUUCAAAUCCCACAGGAAAAGGGUUAUCUUCCAGAGUGACACGAAUAGAAACAAGACACAAAUAAGUGACAUUUGAGAGGACAUGUCUCAAUGUGAUUGAGAGUUGCAGGACGUAUUGUUUGGGAUACUUCCGAUUGACGGACUGGAGUGGGAGGAGCGCUUGUAGAGUCGGGAAAGCGCAGCUUGUAAACGCCAGUCCGCAGGUGAGCCGGUUACUCGGACAGAUGGAUGCCCUGACGAAAAGUGAUUUUCAAGCUCUUCGAGCCAAAUUUCAGGAGCGUGAUGUAAUAAAGAACAAGCCCAAUUUCAACUUGAAAGUUUCAGAUUCUAGGAGUUCACAAACACCUGACGCAACAGUGAUUUCUGAUCCUAAAACAGAGCCGAAUGUAACCAAAGUUGACAUUACUGAGACGAUUAUUCCUCUCAACGCUACCAGUCAACAGUCUAGAGUAAAAUCUCCUUGUCCUCUACCUCGGCCAAAACAUGCAUUCUUGAAGCUGCCAGACCAGAUGGAACCCAGUGCUCCAAUGGAAGGUAGAGGGAGGCCUGAAGAUCUUCCUAACUCCAACCCAACAUCGAUGGAUGGUCAGAAGUUAGAACACAAAACUGUGGUAAAUAAUCAAAGUAAAAAAAUCACACUGAAGGAAAAAAUAAAUAUUUGGGAAAAUUCUUCACAUUGUAUAGUACCCAGCACGUCAGGUCAAAAAGUUAAAUGCAGCACACUCCCUCCUUCAUUAGGAAAUUUGAGAUCAAAACCUCUAUCUGAAACUCCUUACAAAGUCACUUGCCUUACACAAGCUAAAAAAGAGAUUCCGAGGAUGGGUCCAGAGGGGCAGAUACCUGGUUUAAGCAAUGAAGUGCUUCAGGACUCAAUCAUGAAUAAACAAAGUCGUGAGGAUUUUCAAAUGGCUAUUAAUUCUCAAUGGACUGCCCCAUUUUCUCAACCUGAAAUGGAUCUAUCUACAUCUCAAAAUGAUCAGAAAGGAUUCAAACGAGAUAGCAUUCAAGAGUCUCGGCUACAGGACCUUUCAAAAUUGGGUCCAGUUAACGGUACUGGAUCAAUGCUCACUGAUGAUCGAAUAAAUCAAGAUAUUGUGGAGAGAUGGCAUUUACACAAGUCCUUGCACCGUCAGAAACUUCCACCCAUUGAUGUAUUGGGACCACCUCCUGCAAAACCACCCAGACCUUUCAUAGUAGAUCUCAGCACAUUACGGAAUAUAAACAUGGGCAGUUGGUGUCAAUUGAAAUCAUCUGAGAAGAAUAACACACCUUCACCACCCAGAACACGUCCAGAGAAAGAUGACAUUUCAAGCACUGAAAGCGAUGCACAAGAAACAAAUUAUGAAAACGUGAGGCACCACAAAGAAACUGAGCAGGAAAAGGAACUGCAAGACAGAAAAAUAGAAGAGAAACAGUUGGAUCAAAUUAAGGAAUGUGAAAAUAAAAAGAGAAAAAAAGAAUUACAUAAGUUCAAUCUCACAGGUUCAGAGCUUCCAAUACAUAAAGUCCAAAUACACAAGCAUUUAAAAGGAGGGAAAUUGAACCUCAAAGUGCAACCCGGGAAAACGGUGGAAAUUAUACGAAUGGUUGACUGUCCUGCAGGGAAGUGGUUGGCUAAGAGUCAAGAUGGGAAUUAUGGCUAUAUCCAUAUUGAUGCUGUGAAAAUGAAUAUUGAUGAAAUUAAGGAAGUUAAUAAUAGACUGUCAAAAUGCCUGCCAAUGACUGAUGAGAUAUAUGAUGAUGUUGGGCUGAAUGAUAUGACUGAGGAAGAAUGUUCCACAGAACAGUUUGAUAGCAUUGAAGAGACAUCAAAUAUUUACGAUGAUGUAUUAAGCAAAGUGAUGACAUCUCCUAUCGACAGCAGUCCACAGAUCCAUUUAGCUGAUAAAGAAUCACUUCAUGAGGAAAUAUAUGACGAUGUGGAAAUUGGUAGCCCUGAUGUACAUUCAGCAUCAGAAUCUACUUUAUCAGCGACAACAAACCUCGACAGUGAUAAAAGUAGUUUGUAUGAGGACGUUAGCAAUGUAAGGGAACUCAAAGAUUCAGAAGACAGAAGCUCCAAGUCAGACACAAGUAAAGUAAGCUGGGGGGAAAUCUUCAGGAAGCGUGGAGAAAAUACCAUGAAAACAGGAGAAAUGAAAUUCGAAGGAAGUGUAAGACUGGAUUUCAGUACUGAGGACCACACAGUGGAUGUUAAAACGCACAGGGCGAAGGUGAAAGGAAUAUUCAAAGUCAAGAAAAAAGAUCCAAGUGAAGAAAAGGAAACUAAAGUAAAUAAAAAGAAAAUGUUGAAUGAGCAAGAAUUUAGAGAGAAUUUUAAUUACACCAAGAAGAUCCUUGUGGAGAAUGUUGCAGUUGUUGAAAGAAAUGUUGUGCAAGAACAAAAAGGAUCCCUGUAUUUACGGAUAAAAUCUCGAGAGAAGCUGGAUGUAAUAGAUAUUGGAGAAGACAAUCUAAUAAUUUGUCGGAAUAAGGAGGGUAAAUAUGGUUAUGUCCACAUAAGACAUUUAAUAUUUGGUACUUGAGCCAAUGAAGAUACCUGGCAUUGAAAAAAAAAGACCCAUCAUGUUUGAAUAAUUGCAUUUUAAUUUUCUAUAAUAUGGAAUAUUUCUUCUGAUGGAAUUUUAAAAUUUAAAGAUAGCUUUAAUGCAUAAUCACCUCAGCAGCCUGGAAGGUUUUCCUUAAUAAUGCUCUUAAUAUAUUUGUUUUGCACUUGAUGUCUAUAGGGAUCGCACUACCUGGUCACAUGUUAUUUGAUUCCAAUUAAUGUUUCAUAUUUGGGUAAGAGAAAUGUGUACUCAUAUUAUUCAUUAAACUUAAUGGGAUGAUUAUAUAGCUUGUUAUUUUGAUUGCAAUAAUGAGUGACGCAUGCAUCUGAGGCAAUAGUUUACCAACUCACCCAUCCUAGAUGUACAAUGAAGUGUAAUAUUUAAAAUGUGGAUUUUAAAAUAAAACAAAGUGAACUUUG